AUGCGAAGAACAAAAGAUAUAAAAGAUGCAUUGAAUGCUCCAAUACCUGAUCAGUGUUUGGAAUGUAAAAGCCAAUUAAAUAAAGCUCAACGGGAAGCAUUUAAUAUCAUAAUGGAUCAUGUCACAGGACAAAUACCUGGAGCAUUUUUUUAUAGAUGGUCCUGGAGGAACAGGAAAACCUUUCUAUAUAAUGCUUUAUAUGCAGAAAUAAGACUGAUGAACAAAAUUGUCCUGCCGACAGCUACAUCUGUUAUAGAUGCAACUAAUAUUCCUUCUGGAAGGACUGCACAUUCGCGGUUUAAGAUUCCCCUCGAUCCUCUUGAGUCACUUGCCUGUAAUGUGCCUAAACAAGGCAGUUUAGCUGCAUUGCGAAGAGAAACAUUACUGAUCAUUUGGGAUGAAGCUUCAAUGGCGAAAAAUGAAAAUGUUGAAUCGCUUGAUGUGUUGCUCAGAGAUAUCUGCAAUCCAGACUUAUUAUUUGGAGGUAAAAUUGUUGUAUUUGGAGGAGAUUUCAGGCAAGUACUUCCAGUAGUCCCAUGUAGAACACAACGUGAAGCAGUUGCUGCUAGCUUGGUAAGUCCUGUUUUAUGGCCGCUUUUAACUAAGUUCAGGUUAACAGAAAAUAUUCGAGCUAGACAUGAUCCAGCAUAUGCAGCCUUUUUACUCGCACUUGGAAAUGGACAGUUGCAGGACACUUAA